CACACCAAUUUUCGGUAAGAAGUGCAAAAUCUUUGGACCAAAGUGCAAGCAAACAAUGGCUUCUUUCAAUCUCUCUUAUUCUUCCUCACCAGCCCUCUCGUGUCCGCGGGCAUGCAAACACUUCAAAUUGUUCAAUGAUUUUCCCUUUGUCCGACUGAAUUCUAAAUUUCUCUCGAGUGACAAUUCUGUUAAUAGAAUUAAAGCUACAUUGAUCUCCGGAGGAGGUGACCUACUUUCUUAUCCACUUAGCAAUGAUGUGGUGAUACCUAAAAAUCUGGCUGGUGAUGGAUCUGUUGGAUUUGAGGUACAUGAUGGAACACAAACAGUCGACACGGCGCUUACAAGCAAUGUUUUCUCUGAUGACAACAAUGAAUUUGAUUUGGACAACCCCACGCCAGGUUUUGCUUCCAUCCCUGAGGCCAUUGAAGACAUUCGCCAGGGAAAGAUGGUAGUGGUUGUAGAUGAUGAAGAUCGAGAAAAUGAAGGAGACUUGAUAAUGGCAGCACAGUUGGCAACACCCGAGGCUAUGGCUUUUAUUGUGAAGCAUGGAACUGGGAUAGUUUGUGUAAGCAUGAAAGAGGAAGAUCUGGAUAGAUUGGAACUUCCUUUGAUGGUGAACAGUAAGGAUAAUGAGGAGAAACUUAGUACAGCAUUCACUGUGACAGUGGAUGCUAAACAUGGUACCACCACAGGGGUGUCAGCUCAAGAUAGGGCAACUACAGUCUUGGCCCUUGCAUCUAGAGAUUCAACCCCGGGUGAUUUCAACCGCCCAGGCCAUAUUUUCCCGCUAAAAUACAGGGAAGGUGGUGUCUUGAAGAGAGCUGGACAUACAGAAGCUUCUGUUGAUCUUGCCAUACUUGCUGGUUUGGAUCCAGUGGCAGUUCUGUGUGAGAUUGUAGAUGAUGAUGGUUCCAUGGCUAGAUUGCCAAAGCUUCGCCAGUUUGUAAAGCGUGAAAAUUUGAAAAUUGUAUCUAUUGCUGACUUAAUAAGAUAUAGAAGAAAGAGAGAUAAAUUAGUGGGUCAUCCUUCUGCCGCACGAAUACCUACAAUGUGGGGGCCAUUCACUGCUUACUGUUAUAGGUCACUUUUGGACGGGAUUGAGCAUAUUGCAAUGGUUAAGGGUGACAUUGGAGAUGGACAUGAUGUACUUGUGAGGGUACACUCGGAGUGUCUGACAGGAGAUAUAUUUGGAUCUGCCAGAUGCGACUGUGGAAAACAGCUUGCACUUGCAAUGCAACAGAUUGAGGCUGCUGGUAGGGGUGUACUGGUAUAUCUCCGUGGACAUGAAGGAAGGGGCAUUGGAUUGGGCCACAAGCUUCGUGCUUAUAACCUACAGGAUGAUGGACGGGAUACUGUACAGGCCAAUGAGGAGUUGGGAUUGCCUGUUGACUCUAGGGAGUAUGGCAUUGGGGCGCAGAUAUUGAGGGACUUGGGUGUGCGGUCUAUGAAGCUGAUGACAAACAAUCCAUCAAAAUAUGUUGGUCUCAAAGGUUAUGGUUUGACAGUUUCUGGUAGGAUCCCAUUAGUGACUCUUAUCACUUCGGAGAACAGGAGAUAUUUAGAGACCAAACGUGUGAAAAUGGGCCACAUCUAUGGCAGUCAUGACAGUGGCAAUGGUAAAUCCAGUAGUGUUGAUGAUUCUAAUGCUGUUACUGGCUAAUAAACCUGCUCAUUUUCUACUAUAUUCACAAUUUUAUAUCAGACGCAGAUGAAGGGAAGUGAUAGAAACAUGAUUCUAUUUGUGAUUUUGAUUUUUCUAAUUCAUUUGCCAGAUUUUAGUCAGGCAGGCUCUGCUAAAUUAUAGGCUUCUCCAAACAUUCUUCACUUUGAAACAAAGUUACAGAUAAGGUUAAUGCCUAUACAAAUUUCAGGUUUUUUUUUCUUUCUAUAUUUGGUGCCUUUUAUAUAGGGUUCAUUAUCUUGCUUCCGGAGUCGAGGUCAUUCGACUAUUAAACCUUGUUUCUUCAUUCUUUUUGGUACAAUAACUCCUGUAUGUGGCACUGGCAGUCGCCUCUAUAAUAUAUAAUAGAAAGAAUCACAUGUUUUUGUAGCCCUGCUGUAUAUGAUAAUUAAAUAAAUAAAUUCCUUUUUGUACCUUGUCA